CAUACAUAUAUACAUGUAUACAGAAAAUAUUAUGUUCUAUAAAUUAUGUGUAUCACCAUGACAUAUGUUAACAAACAAGCUUUGAGUUCAUUUGCAACUUGGUAGGGCUUAAUCUCUUAACAUGCCAGCUAUAUUUAUUAUUACACAAUACUUGCAUUCUUUUAUACAACAUAAAUACCCAUGCAAGCAGGAGCUUGUAAGCACAGAAGUGAUGAAUAGCAGAAGGUGCUAGCCACUUAGCACACCUACCACUGCACAAGAUUGCAGUUUGACUCUCAUUUACAAGGUACAUCCUUACUUCUUCAUCUACUACUCUGCUUUGGCAGUAGAACAAGAAGUAAUUGUGAGCAGAUUUUGCUUCUGCUUAUUUUCCUGGUUACUAUUAUUUGAUGAAGUAAAUGCUAAUGUUAAUAGCGUGUGUGUGUGUGUGUGUGUGUGUGUGUGUGUGUGUGUGAGCGUGUUACAUAUGCUUCUGUCUCUGUUAUCAGAACCCUCUGCUCUGUUGAUUAUUUUAUGAUAGGGAUUGGUAGAGAGUUAUACUGGCCUUGCCACUUGCUUUGGAUUUCUUCAAAGUUAACAAAGAGCACUUCCUGUAGGCUUUGGUAGUAUCUAAGGUUCACAACUAAAAUAUAUCAGUUGAUGACAUGACAGAGAUUUUCUGACUUUCAAAUGCAUAACAAAACACCAUACAUAUCUAUUAGCUCUCAUAUAUGUACACAAUAUGUAUUGGUCAUUUUUCUUUUAUUAGAUAGUCAAAUUAUCAUGUGGUGUAACUGCCUUAAUAUUAGUGCAAUUCUGAAAACUUGUUUAAAACUACUCUACAUUUUUGUAUAUUUCAAUUUUGCCAUAUUUAGUAUAAUUUCAAAAGUAUUUUGCAUUAGUGAACAUAACUGCAAAGCAUUUAUAGCUGUUUCAUAAUUCACUGUGAUGUUAGAGGUCAUGUAUUUUAUGAAAUAUCAUUUGGUGCAACCAUCAUGAAAAGGCCAUUUUGAGACUUUUAUACUGAAAAUAAUUAAAUGACAAAAAGUCACUUCAUAGCACAACUUGCCAAUGAUCCUUGGAAACAUCUAGUCUUGUUUAGACUAGAUCUAGUUUGUUAGACUGUUCUAUAGUUGCUGUCUAUAUGGCUGUCAUGUGGUAAGACCUCAUGAAAACGAAAUUAUAUCUAUAAAUCUAUAUCUUUUACAGAUUUUAUAAUAGACUUUAAUUGAAACUUGAAAAUAUCAUGUAGUGUGACUGAAAAUCAUGUGGUGUGACCACUGUCUGUAAUACAUACAUGUCUUUCUCCUGCAAUUUCAAGCCAGAUUUGUAGACAAAUAUUUUAUUUAUAUUCUGUACAAUUUUAUGAGAAAACAGAAAACUGUUGUCUAGAUGCAACUGAGUAGCAAAGAAAAAACUGUCUGCCACAGGCAGUGGAUUAACUCUGAUCCUAAAGCAAGAGCUGAGUAUCUUGCUAAAAGAAAAGAAAGGUUUGACAUAUAUUUAAAAAAACAUAUGAUGUUAACAUUGCCCUAUUAUAUUUCUAAUUGGCUGAUUAUGAAAACUCUUCUAACUAGGGCUGCACAAUUAAUCGAAUAUUGAUCUCGAUUAUGAUUUUGACUGCCCACAAUUACAUGAAUAUGAUCAACUGUGAUAAUGAUGUUUAAAGUUCGUCCUCCGCUCAUAGAAAACAGUGCUGCAUAUCAAAUCAAGCGCUUCCUAAACUUGCAGCCACUUACAACCAUAGAGUGGCACGGGGAUGACGUCAUUUUGUAUGCCAAAACCCAGAAAUGAGUUAGCAUUUUAGCGCUUGUGCUGUGAGCUUAGCUUUGGGUUUCAGAGCACGAUGCGAGCUCCAGCACUUGGCCGAGGGAAAAUCAUGACACUAACAUGUUGCUAAAUGGGACUACAGAUGUUGUCAGGGACAUUAAACGUCAUCACGCCGAACAGGAAACGUCUUUGCAGAUAAACUGGUUCAGGUGUGCUGUGCACAAUUACCAAAAAAAAAAAGGUGGAUGAAGAUUCAUUCACAGAGUAAAUCCGUAUUGUGGAAAAUGUUUUUAAAUCAAGUUUGGAAAAUUUGUCUGAAGCUUGGUGAUGGUGACGUUGAAGUCGAGCGACCGUGGUGUAAUUCGUUUAUAGCGUACGGUUAGCUUUUUAUUUCUGGCGAUUGUAUUUAGGCUUCAAACUUCAUAAAAGUUGUCUUCAUUAUUGAAAAUUAUCUUAAUGGACAAAACGUGUUAGUAUUGUAAACGUUUGUUGAUCACAGAGAUUGUUUUUUGUGAUAAUCCAAAAGCCUACGUGAAAAUCCUAUUGGGUUUUUGUCGAGGGAACCAGUGUGACACUAACUUCCAGGUUCCGGUCCAAAAUGACAUCGUCCCUGCACCUCUCUAUUGGGUGAUUUGGCUGCGUCUCUCCUGUAAACACUGUUAUUGCCUUUUCUGCAUACGCCUGAGUUGUUUUCAUUUAUGAAUUGGCCUGAAUUGGUUGCAUUUAUUUGACUGCAUGUUUUCAUUUGGUUGAUGGCAUUUUUAUUUAUACUUAUCCUAUAUUUUGGGUACAAUUUUAUUUAUAUUUUGCUUCUACGAGAUGAUGCAUUUUAAGGAUCAGUCUAAUUUGAUGCAAAGAUUUGUACAUUAGCAGGAAUGUAGCACAACAUGGAGGUGAAAGCAGCGGUCUGUUUAUUUAAAUGUGAAAGUGCAAUAAAAAUAUGUUGUCCCUAAAAUCAAUGAAUAAUCAUGAUAAAUAAUCGUGAUCUCAAUAUUGAUCAAAAAUAACCGUGAUUAUCAUUUUGACCAUAAUCGUGCAGCCCUACUUCUAACUUCUACUUAUAAUGCUAUAAUAUAAGGUUUCAUGUACCAAAACUCAUAUUUUUAUAUGACCAUUUUUUAUCCCUUAGAACACAACAGGUUGUUUUUUUUUUAACUGUGAAUUUGUGAUCAGUAUAUAAUAAACACCCUCAGAUGGUUCAGACAGUUGUUCUGUAUUGCGCUAGGGAUAGGAUGAAACAUUCAUUAUCGUUUCAUCGUAAUUAGGUGGGACUGACCUGCUAUUGUCAUGAAAAAAGGUGAUUUAUACAUGAGUCACAACAUGAAUAAUUGAAGGGCUGUUUUUGCAGUUUAGCUUCCAUAUACUGUAUUGACUGUAUGAAUUGGGGGUGAAAGAAACUUUAACAAUGUUUUACAUGAUACGUCAACCUCUUAUUUCAAAAACGCAAGAUGAAUUUGGUUUUCCAUUACAUGGGCACUGCUUCUGUUCUUAUCUAUCAUGCCAUGCAUUUUAAUUGGCCUCUUUCAUAUCUAAUUUACGUCACAACAUUGUAUGCUAUUGUUUUGGCUAUCAGUGAAGAAUAGUGACCUGCUAAAGACAGGCAGGGAGUAGCAGAAAGAGAAAUGGAGGGCUGCAUCCACAAGUUGCAGGGAGAGAAAAAAGAUGGCUAAGGCUGUGUUAGACUUUACACCUCCAUCCAUGGAAAGUACAAAGUGAUUUUAACACUCAUUGCGUGUUCUUUAACACCAUGCAUGCUCUUCUCAUCAUUUGGUGUGAUCACCCAUCAUGUGGCAUGACCAGUAAUUGCAAUAAGAAUAUUACAAUUCAGAAUAAGAAAUGUAGGUUCUGUGGCUAUUGUUAUUAAUUGACACACUAUGCUCAAGUGAAUAUUAGUCUUGUACAUUUUUAAAAUUCGUUUUAUGUUGGUAACAAGUCUGUAAAGUUUAUAAAUUGGGAAGCGGUUUAGUUACAAGACAAAUGUAUGUUGCUGACUUACUGAAAUUCAUAAGUAAUGCAUAGUUAUGUCUAAUACUUUGUAAUUUUUUUUUUUUUACCAUAUUAAGGAAAUAUAUUAUUUGGUGGCUAAAUCAUGGUCGCACCACAUGAUCCUUUUAAAGACCAUGGCCAGUGAAUUAUUUAAAUAACUAAAAUGUGCUAAAUUCACAUAAUUUUAUGUAAAUAACCUUUUCCCCUUCUCUCUCUCUCUCUAUCUCUCUCUCUCUCUCUCUCUCUCACACACACACACACACACACACACACACACACACACACACACACACACACUUUCACCACACUUUAUCAUAUAUUGCACCAUUUGUUGACUCACUGUAGUUCUCUCAGGACUUUUCAUGUUACAAUAUUUGACUGUUUACACAGACCUCAGACCAGCUGGGCCAUAUGACAGUGGUCCAUGUAGUCUCAGCACCCUGGCUAAAGGAUCCUUUCUGGCCUUUCUGGUUCCUUCACGUCUCCCAUUCUCCCAGGAUUCUAUCACAGCACGCUUUGGAUACCUAAGGAAGACUUGAAGAUAAGAGAAGUCACCGUGGACUUGGAUGAAACUAAAAUACUUAAUGAAUGUAACCAUGCCUAAAGAAUAAUUGAUGCAAAGAAGUUUGGCUUUUGGUUUUAAAAAGGCAUUUUUAAAAAUUCAAAUCUGGAUCAAUUCGGAAAAUGGAAAUGGAGGACCUUUUGUUUAAGUGCCAUUGUUAUUAAAUCACCUGGCAUGACUAUAUAUUUGAAUGCAAUUUAAUAAACAGUACCUUGAGAAACAAAACUGAAAUACAGAAUAAUGGAGCCACAUGGAACAGCUGCUGGACAGAAAUGCAGCAAGGAACCACGUGAGAAAAACUCUUUACAAAGAAAGUGGGUCUCUGAGCCCUGCACUGGUACAAAGGGAAACACUUACGCAGAAAGCUUGCAAAGUGGUAUCAGUGGGACAGUUAUUGCAGCUUCUGGAAAGCUGCGUUUAGGUGCAGAGUCUCAAUCAUCUGCAGAAAGUCAUUUUUUCCCCAGGUCUUAUUCCUAUCAGUUACAACAUUCAUACCCACAGCAGCCCAUACAGAAGCCUUUCCUUACCGGUACAAAGUCACAACCUGGUUUGGAGCCCCAUGCUUGGCCUUUCCCAGGCAAAUUGCAGUCUCUGCCACAAGAUGAUGUGUUUUCUGUGCAUUCACAUUCUCAUGGAGCUUUCCCCCGUCAGAAGUCACCAAGUUUACCUAGUGCUUUUUGCCAGUAUUCACAGUCAAGCUCUGAGCAAAAAGAGGAAGGACAUAAGAAGGAGCAGAAACCCAAGAAGCCAGGCAAGUACAUUUGCCAGUACUGUGGAAGGGCAUGUGCUAAGCCCAGUGUGCUUAAAAAACACAUACGAUCACACACAGGGGAACGGCCCUAUCCAUGUGAACCGUGCGGCUUUUCAUUCAAAACCAAGAGUAAUUUAUAUAAGCAUAGAAAGUCUCAUGCCCAUGCUAUUAAAGCUGGACUUGUCCCCUUCUCUGAGCUGGCAACUCGCACAGAUAUUGAUCAAGCAUCUUCAGUUGGUGAAACAGAGGUACAGUCUGAUGGAGAUCAAAGUACUGACACUGAUGAAGAAACUGCAGAGGGGGCCAUGUACCCGGAAAAAAGUAGCUCCAUACCACAGAUAUCAUUUGACUCCAACAAAGGUCCUUUAGAUAAAGGUGGUGAACCAGCAUAUGCAGACUCGGCAGAAGAGUUGGCCAUGGCAUCUAUGAAAGUGCCUAUUUUAAUUGUUCCUAAACAGGGGCUUACAUCAGCAACCAUCGAGUGUACCCCAUUCACAGAAAUUAGGGGAUCCAAUAUCAGAGGAAUGGUCCAAGGAGAUGAGUCACAUACUGUCAAACAGAGACUUGCUUUAAGACUCACUGAUAAAAAAGGCCAGGACUCAGACCAGUCUCUGAAUCUGUUGAGUCCACACAGUAAAGGUAGCACAGAUUCUGGCUAUUUUUCUCGCUCAGAGAGUGCUGAACAGCAGAUUAGUCCACCUAACACCAAUGCAAAGACAUACGAAGAGAUUAUGUUUGGAAGAUCUUGGUAUUACCGACCCAUCUCCAGAUCUAGACAUCCAGUUACAAUGACUGCUACUGCUAAUCCUGACUCGCAAAACAAAUCUGCCAUGAUAGAAAUGGACAUGGGAAAGAUAUCAGAGGAUCACAUAUUUUUCAGAGGAACACAAAUGGUUGCAGCAUGUGACCCAAAGCAGUACCCUCGAGGUGCUCUCCUGGAAGCUCCUUCUGAGACAGGCCCACUUUUAAGAAGUAACUCAAUGCCAACAUCAUCCCCUACCAAUCUUAACGUUCCAUCAGCUCUGAGAGGGAGUCACUCCUUUGAUGAAAUGAUGUCUCCAGAUGAUGUAUUUUAUCCAGGGGCUGCUGGUCUAAGGAGGCUGAGAAGACAGGCUGCUUUUGAGCAUGGGGAAUCUGAGAACUAUGGCAAAAUGGGAGGUCCAUUCGCAACUAUGAAGAUGGGGGAGAGAGAUCAGUUGAUGUCUGAGUUCAAAGGCUCAGGAUCAGAACUUGCUUGUCCUGAAAUGCGCACAGCAUAUGGCAGCUGUGGUACAAAGAUUGGAGUGUCAGAGAUGACCACAAGAAAACGUCGUAAAGAAAAGAGUGUUGGUGAUGAGGAGGAUUGUCCUGGGCAGUAUGAUGACAUGAAAAAUGUGUCUCUUGAAACAUCUGGGGACUAUGAUAUAAAACAAGGUAGUCAGGAAACUUUAGUGGCUGCCCAUACAGGUAGAGGAUCCAUGUACAGUGGUUACAAUUCAUUGGAAAGUUUUGAUAAAGUUGUUCAUCCAGAGGAUGUUGUGCUUGUUCAAGAUACAGACCGAAAGGCUGCUGGCAAUGUAAUAUCUGUUAUUCAACAUACUAACUUGCUUAGCAGGCCAAACUCAUUUGAAAAGACUGAGUCAAUUGAACAUCAAUCUUAUCAUCCAGAAAAGCCUGUUGGCCAACUGUCUGAGCAGUCUGACCCUGAGAACACUGAUGAUGUGCAGAGUCCUGACUCUAUUCUGAGGUCUGAGAGCAUGGAGCAUCAACAGCAAAGUGACAGUGAAUUAGCAUCCAUUUCACCUAGUCAGCAAUACCAUAUGCCCCACAAACUUGUACGGCAACCUAACAUUCAAGUACCUGAAAUUAGAGUCACAGAAGAACCAGAUAAACCAGAGAAAGAACCAGAGGUGCCAGCUAAAGAACCAGAAAAGCAUGUGGAGGAAUUCCAGUGGCCACAGAGGAGUGAGACUCUGUCCCAACUCCCAGCAGAAAAAUUGCCUCCAAAGAAAAAACGUCUGCGUCUUGCAGACAUGGAGCACUCAUCUGGGGAAUCAAGCUUCGAGUCUACCUGUACCAGUCUAUCAAGGAGCCCAAGUCAGGAGAGCAACCUGUCCCAUAGCUCAAGUUUCUCAAUGUCAUUUGAUAGAGAGGACAACAUGAAGUCAGUGUCACCAACCAAGCAAGAAGACUUUAGUAAACAAUCAGAAUUUUUAACUGUACCAGGGAGUGGUCAUUCUCUGUCAAUACCAGGCCAUCACAAGGAGAUGCGUCGCUCCUCAUCAGAACAGUCACCUUGUGGUUUACCUACUGAGGUCCCAGAAACUCGUAGCAAAUCAUUUGAUUAUGGAAGUCUGUCAACCAAUUCAAGACAAGGGGAGUUAUAUGCAAGUGCAUCAUCCAUGAAGGAACGUAGACGUGGAUAUCUGGUUAGACAGGCAUCUCUGAGUGUCUAUCCUGAAGUUGUACCUCAAGAGCAAUGCUCUGAGUUAAACAUUAAACAAGAGCUUUCUGACCCCCAUGCUUCACCUUCUUGGCAAGGCACCUCAUCUCUAACUGCUCCACCACACCUUGUAGCUGGAAGUGAUCUAGUAAGGCAAAAAAGAGGAUCAUAUCACUUGCUUCAGCAGAGCAUCAGUGAAGACAGCCAAUCAGACGACUUGCAAAAGUCGCCAUGCUUGCCAGGCCAACUGUCAACAGAUAGUGAGGCUUCAAUACAUGAGCACAUGAGCCAGGAUAUAAUGCACCACUCCUCAGUUCCAAGUAGCUUGGUGUCAUCACCGUUUUUUCAGACAGUGGUCUGGUAUACUGACUCAACACGACCCAGGCAGCACCAAGGUAUCCAUCAGCUGCAGAAAUUACAUAUCCGACCACCAAAUCUACAACCUAAUGUACAGAAAUCCCACCAACCUCUUCAUCAAAUACAGGUGCACAAUGAAUCAAAUACUGAUGGGGCAAGUCAAACAUAUCCUUAUGUCUCAAGAGGUUCUCCACAAACUAUUGGCACGUCAUCAAAAGUGCUCACCACAAACUCAGUUUUCUUACAGCAGAUUCAGGCAGGCUUUACCACUCAAAAUGUAGGUUCACAGCCAUCACAUCCUGGAAUGCUAGUUCCUGUUAGAAUUCAAACAAAUGUGCCAUCAUAUGGUAGUGUUAUGUACACAAGUGUUUCACAAAUUCUUGCUACUCAUGCUCAAAGUACUACUUCUCUCAGAUUAAUAGGCUCAGACAAUACAUCUACCAGUUCACUUACGGGCAUAUCUUCAAAACACCCAAUAGGGUUCAAUUUAUCAAAACUAUUAGGUCAUCCAGAAAGAUCUUUGCAAUAUCCACUUUGGAAAGUUCCUGAACCAUUACCUGGAAGACUGAAUACUGGCAUACCGUUGUCACUGACAUCAGGAACUAUUUCAACUACAGAUGCCUCCUCUAGUAUUGGAGGGAGUAAGAGAAUGCUGUCACCAGCCAGUAGUCUUGAACUUUUUAUUGGAAACAAGCAACAGAAACGGAUUAAGGAGGAAAAGAUGUAUGGUCAAAUAGUGAAAGAGCUAAGUGCAGUUGAGUUAAGUAAUUCAAGUGCACCAAAUGAUGGUGACGCAUCACCACAGCCUGAUGUUUUAAAGAGAGAUGACUUAGAUGAUCUAGAGAGGAUGUCCUCAUCUCCACCAGCUAAUUACCCAUCAUCUAUAUUCUCCUCUGCAUCUGAUGUGCCACAAAAGGAAAGUUUUACUCCACCUCUACAAAUUGUGAUGAACACUUCUAAAAGAGUUGAGUCCCCAGAGGAGCUUGAUGUAGACAAAGCCACUCCAGACACCAUCUCAGGCCCUGAAUCAAUGAUCUCUUCCAGUGAUACUCAAGAUGAACUGAAGCAGACCAAGAUCCCAGUAAACAUGUUGGUGCAACUUGCUGCCAGUCAGGGGGGUGCUGUAUGUGGGAGCACUCUCCUGCUCACUGACUUAGCAGAUGUUGAUCAGUUCUUUCAGUUUCCAAGUCUACGUACAACAACAAGUGUUAGCUGGUGCUACCUAAAUUACACCAAGCCAAACUAUGCUCAGACAACUCCCUUAACCUCUGUUUAUGGCUCUUGGUGUGUCAGCUCCUAUAACCCAAACCCACUCAGCCUCAGCACCAAGGCAACCCUGGCAUUACUCUGCUCCAAACAGAGGAGGAACACAGAAACUUAUACAAUGGCUGCCAUGUAUCAGCCAGGGACUGGAAAACUUGUCUCAUCCCUGUCGUGGAAGCAGAAGUUUGAGCAGAUGAAGCCAGAGCUCAUGAAGCUGGAUAUUGGCAAGUUGGGAAAGAAAAUUAAAGGGGUAAUCUCAAGGGACAGAGUGAGAGAGGACCAUGGAGAGAAGGAGGCUUCAUCAAAGCAGGCUGAACCCACACGCAUUAAAAUCUUUGAAGGAGGGUACAAAUCCAAUGAGGACUAUGUUUACGUGCGGGGCAGAGGUCGGGGAAAAUACAUAUGUGAAGAGUGCGGUAUCCGCUGUAAAAAGCCAAGCAUGCUGAAGAAACACAUUCGCACGCACACUGACGUUAGGCCAUAUGUCUGCAAGUUCUGCAACUUUGCUUUUAAAACAAAAGGAAACCUGACAAAACACAUGAAGUCAAAAGCCCACAUGAAGAAAUGCUUGGAGCUUGGGGUGUCGGUGACAUGUAUAGAUGACGUGGAGGGAGUUGAUACUGCUGAGGAGAUCCAAAGAGAUACUGGAAAGAUUGGCAUGUUAGAAAUCAUGGCAGAGCACCAAUUUUCAGAUGCUGAUGAUUCAGAUGGGGCUGAGGAAGAUGGUGAUGAGGUGGAUGAGGAUGAAGAUGAUGAUGACGAUUAUGAUGGUGAUUCAACACCAAAGACACCCUCUCGAAGCACAAGCCCACAGCCCUAUGUCAUCCCCUCACAUUCUGUCACUGCAGUUGCUGCAUCCCAUGACACUGGCCCUGAUCCAUUAGGCUCAGCUUCGAAGCAGCCACUGUUUGGCUAUUAUGCUAGUUUGCCCAGUAUUCAAAUCACUCAACUCAUGGUGCCUAGUGAGAAGACUAGAGAAAGCCAGAUGGCAGAAUACCAGAAACUGCUGCAAGGAGCUUUGGGUGAAGACCCCAAAAACAGAUUGGAGAUGCCUAGCUCCAUGGGUGAAGACCCUGGCUUGUCGCCAGAGCAUAGCUCAUCAUCUUUUGAAUUCUCUCCUUCUCGUCUGUCCUCACCUAGCUGUGACUCCUCACCUCUUCGAGAGCCCUCACCCAGUUGUAGGUACUUGUCCCCAAAACGGGACCUCUCCCCACGGGGUCGUUUGUCACCAAGAAGGGAGGCAUCCCCCCUUAGACCUCUGUCCCCCAGGAGAGAUAUGUAUAGAAAGGAUCUGUCUCCAAGGAGAGACAUGUCCCCCAGAAGCCUCCUUUCACCUAUCUCCCAUACAGGGUGUCCAGUGUCUCCCGCAAGAGAUCUCUCUUACAGACGUGAGCUGUCUCCCAGAGGCCGCCACAAGGGCAUACUGAGACCAUUGUCUCCCAGAAGGGCACCUCACCCUCACAGUGGACCUUGGACACUCAACCAGCAUCCACAUAGAGAAAUGGUUUCAGUGGCUCAAAAGAGCAGGAGCCACUCAGAAAUGAAUAUGAAUCAGAGGAAGAGUUGCUAUCCACAAGGAGAUAUUCAUAGCACAGGAGCUCCCUCUACACACCAAGGUCUUUUUAGCCAUCUUCCCCUCCACUCCCAACAACAGGUUCGUACACUAUUCCCUAUGAUUCCAAUUGGUGGAAUCCAAAUAGUGCCAGGCCUGGCCCACCCCGCUCGCCUUCCUCUUAAGACAGCUACAUCAGAGGAGUCCAGCGAGACAUCUUUCCGCUUCUCAGAGGGUUAUGAAUCUAACGACACCCAAGGUGCAGAGGAUUCAGCUCAACCACAAGAAAUGGCCCUGUCCCCAAAAGCUGUAAGUUCAGUUCCCUCACCUUCUUCUCAGAGGUCCAGAGAUGACGGUAAGAAGCAAGAAGAAGGCAUCAUGACAUGCACUAAGGCCAUUGCUUCUUUGCGCAUUGCCUCAGAGGAACCCUUAGGAAAGGUGGCUGGUUCCAUCGAGCAGAUCCAACAGCACACAUUGUCUCAUUCUCCUACCCCCCAGCAAGAGAGUACAGCAAGGGGGAUUCAGAAAUUUAGUAGCUCAGAGUUCAGGCACACCAACACAGAAACUGGGGUGUCUGCCACAUCAAAGGCUCCUACAGGAGCCUGUCCCACUCUUUACAUUACAGGGGCUACAGAGAGGUCACCCGACCCACAGGGCCAUAGCAAGAAUCCAUCCAGCACAACAAAUGACUGACAACAGCUGAAUAAUGUCAAAAUGGAGGACAGUACAUUACACUCAUACUGUAUGUUUACGCAUACACAGUCACACUCAAAUACUAGAGUGUACAUGUACAGUGUAGCAUGCCUUUUAUAACCUGGUUUGCUGUUUUAACUAUGGUUACUUUCUUAUUUAAAAUGUCAGAGAAUAACCUAUAUGUUAACUUAUACCUGUAUAUGAGCCUGACCAAAAUUGCUUAUGAACUCUGUCUGGUACUCUAAAGUGUACAGAUCUGUGUGCCUUUUUUCAUUCAUGCUUAUAUUCUUAUAAGCAUAUAAAACAUGAAGACAUGUAAAUAUGUCAAAAAAUUUGUGUAUCAGCUUUGUAUUAAAUGCAGGUUGCUGUCUUUUUGGACACCGGAGUCUAAAUGAUGUGAAGUAUCAAUAUAUGUACGGUUGCACUAAAACAUAUUUUUAUAUGAGUGAAAUGAAAUGGCUUUUGUGUACAGCAUCAAUUCUAUAAUAAUAUUUAUUGUAUCUUGUUUCAUAAAUUGUAAAAAAAAAUUUCUUAAUGUUGUGAAUGCCUUUGCUAAGUAAAGCAUGGAUUUUACUAUUGCGUAAUAAGAACAACAUAAUAUGUAAAUGGCUUUCUAUUAGAAAUAUUCAUAUACUUCCAGUCAAACUUGUUUUAUUGGGUUUUCUCUCUGACACACACACAAACACAUACACACACACACACAUACACACACACCACGUGUGUGUGUAUAAAUAAUUGUAUAAUUUCUUUUACAUUGGCAACCCACAUAACACAGUACAAUGGUUAGUAGCUUUAAGUUCUGACUACCCCUUGUCUGUCAGCUAAAUAGGCUACACACUAGUUGUGAUAUUGCUGCUCUUUUAUUUAGAACUGUCAAGCAUUAAGUGAAUCAGCUUGUCGACUUGUUCACUUCCUUUGAAAACAUUCUGAAUUGGUUGUGAAAUGUUAAUCAUGUCGCUUGAAGUAUUUGUUUUAUUGAUUAGUAUGGGGAACAUUCCAACAGAUGUAUAUAUUGAAUGCCCAUAAUCCUCUAUACUCACAGUCAAACAUACAUUGAAGGAGUCCAUGGGCCAUGCCAUCAGUCCACAAACCUUUUUUUUUUUUUUUUUAAACAAACAGUUAUAAGUUGGUAAACUCCAAUAAUAACUAUUAAAAUGCACUUUAUAUUUCUUAAUCUUUUCAGAAAGAUAAUCCUGUGCUAUAAUGCUAUAUCUGAAACUCAUGCUAUAUCAAUUUUGGAAGUGGGAUUCAUGCAGAUUGAAAACUGUCUCUGAUUAAACAAUUUAACUGGAGCAUGGAGCCAGAGCACUCCCAUGUGUAAAUCUGUAAUUUGUACUGUGUGUAUUUGAUCCAUGUUAUUUACUCCUUGGACAUUUUUGUCAAUAGUAUCUGGUAUUCACUGUUAAGUGUAUUAAUAUGUAAAAAUCCAAGGUAUCAAAAGCAUAAAUCAUUGUUAUGAAAGAGAAAGACGUACAUGCUAUACAUAAAUGGGUAACUUUGUGAUGUCAGUGAAAAUACAUUAUCAUACACAAUUUUGACAAUAAAUGACAAUACAAAAAUAAUAAUAAUUAAAAAAAACCUUCUGGAUUGUGUUUUCAAAUAAAUGCAACUGUGAAAACUUUGUGUGUACUUGAUGCUACUACUAUAAAUCUAUUAAUAGCUAUUAAUCUAUCUAUCUACACCCCAUCAUC